UCCAUUUUUUUUCCAACUUGUAUCGACUAUAUUUCCAAAUUUCCCGCCCUGCUCUGCCUUGCGCAUAAAACCACCCGGUCGGAGUUUCUAUGGCAACUCGAUCGAACACAAACAGUAGGCAAAUUAAAGCCUAAGUUUAAGUUAAUGUAAUAUUUAACACUCGUUAGGCCAGCGCCGUUAUAAUGUCGUUACCAACGGUUAGGAAUGACGCAUCGGUGUAGUGUUUUCAAAAACUCGUGCCUCAGAUUGCCUGUUGACCCGAUAAGUAAAAUGCCGAAAACUGCAUACGAACGUAAGAAUAAACCAGUGCUUGAUCAAUGUUCUAUAAACUCCCCUUCAACGAUGUGCUCCGGUAGUCCCGACGUGGACGCCGAGAAACUUAAAGACUUUUACCGAAGCAUACCAGACUAUAACGAUAUUAAUCACUUACCAGAGGAAGAAUUUUAUUUCACUCUCCGAUCUUUACGGGAGAAAAAGAAGAAGAUGCUCAACGAAGCUGUCGAUCACAUUGAUGAUAACGGUUUUGAUAAUAAAAUUACAGAAGAUAUUUUCGCCAAAACUGAGGAUACUUGCUUCCUACCACCUGCUGUGACCAGCAAGAAAACCAAAUCAAAAAUAAAUUCCAACUUACGACACCAUUAUUGCGGUGAAAAAAAGGAUACUACGAAAACUGUGUCUGCAACAACAAGCAGCAUGAAAAAGAGUACUAAAAAAACCACGAUUAAGGACUUAGAAAAGAGUAUGCUAGAAGAUAUAAAAGUGACUUCGAUAAAAGGUAGUUCGAUGAAGGAAAGGCCUCAAGCAGAAAGACAAAAGCGAAAUCAUUCAGCAUGUUCCAUAACGUGGAAUGAUGCGACUUUGGAGAGAAAUGAAGUCGUUGACCACAAGUUUGAUCAGUUUUUUGAUGGAAAAAAGUAUAGUCCUGUGAGCAUGGACGAUGAAUUCAAAACUCAAAGUAUGCCGUCAAGUCCUUUGAGAUCGAGACGUGCAUCUUCACCGGUGCGGAGGAAAAACAUCACUAUCCCUAAACCGUUCAAAAUGACCGAGAGGGACGAAGAAGACCGCAUAGUACACGAAUUGCGUAGUCUGCGCAAAUCUUUUUCUGAGGACAUGCUUCACCAAAAAUGCCAGAGGAAGCAGUUCCGCGCCAACCCAGUCCCUAUUGAAUCUCGGAUCCCUUUAUAUGAUAAGAUUCUGGAAGACCAGGCUAUGAGACGAGCGAUCACAAAGAUCAACAGCGAGGCGGAACUACGAGCUCAGAUGAAACCGUUCAGCUUCACCAAGAGGGAAGAGAAGGGUCUCCCUGGAAUGUGCGACAGGGCCAUCCAUGCCUUACCUAAAGGCAAGAAGAAGAAAAGGUUCCGAGCAAGGCCGGUGCCGAAGAAUUUAUUCUCCAAUUAUUUUUACGAUAAAGUCAAAGAAGACGAGUUUUUUAGAUCAAUGAACCGCCGAAUCAGAGCUGAAGAGAUGCUCCGCGCUUCCAACUACCCCGGCACGAUGGCAGCUAGAGACCGCAGCCGGCUGUCCACGCCUGCCGCUCACAGCGACCUCCCGAUCGACCCGUCACCUGCCGUGCCCUCCUCCACCUCCUCAGACAGGAGGCCUUCGAGUCCCAUGAAGUGCAGGAGGAAGGAGAAGUGCGCUAAGGAGGAUCUGAUCACUACGAGCCCUCAACCGUUCCGGUUCACUACAGCUGAUAGAGCCGCUAAGAAAAUGCAGGAAGUCGCAAACAAGGUGUAUCAAGAGAGCAAAUGCACAGAAAGCGUUGGGGACAGCGCCGCUGCUGGUAUCGUUGGUGCUAGGGCCUAUUCAGCGCUGGACCUCCGGGCUGCGGCCUCUGGGAGGUCCAACCUGGCGGCACUCUUGAGGGCCGAAGCCGUCAGGAGAAAGUUUGAGAUGGAGUCGGCUAGACGCCUGGCUGAUCAACGCCGGAGGAUGGAAAUGCGACACCGAGACCGCCUGCUGAGGUCUAAGCCAGCCUGGCAUCUUGUAAAGAACAACCACGAAGAAGACAUCGCCAUGCGUCUGCAAACGCGAAGAGACGAAGAGAAAAUGAGACGUGAAGAAUUUCUUCAUGAAAUGGAACUGAUGUACGGAAGAGUUCAGCAGCAACCAAUGCUUUUCGAGAGGUAUUAUGCUCCCAGACCUCAUUAUCUACCUUCGGAAAUGUUGCAGCUGUCUCCGAGGAAAACAAACAAGAAACGAAGCUCAAAGAGCAAGUCUUACCAUUACAACAGUCCAAACAGAUCGCGAAAGGUGUCCAUAAAUGAUACCGCUGAAACUUUCAAUGGUGACCUAUCAGAAUAUCUGAAUAGAGUCGACGAUGACAAGUAUUCUGAUUCUGAAGUAGCUUUAGACAGCCUCGAUGGUAAAAGAUAAAUAACUUUGAUUGUUGUAGAAAACUUUAAUAAAAAUACCAAUAUAAAUGUCGUUU